AUGGUCAAUUUACUCAAACGUAUGCGCAAGCUGAAUCAGCGCCUUAUCAACAUUCGAGUCGGCACAGGCGCAGCAACACUCCCAUCCCUUAGCAACCCGUUCAACGACCUCCCCGUCGUAACACGUAUGCACCUCACAUACGGCAGAUCCAUCGGAAAGGGCCACAUCGGCGCCCAUAAAUUCUGGCGCCAAUGCCUCGCACGCCUCAAAUAUCACAACCCAGCCAUCCAGAUGAGCGUAAAGCCCUACGAAGGCACACAAGAAAAACUCGCACCGGCACUCACAAUUUUCUUUUCGGGUGCACAACCGAAAAAGGCUCAAGCGUACCAUGAUCCAGCCCUCAAAGACGAAUUUGCGCCCAAGCCUACGGAGACGGAGAAAGCGAUUGUGCUGAAUUUGAAGGAUUAUAAUUUCGAGGAGAUCUGGCAGCAGGUCAAGGAACUGACGGGUGCGGUUGAAGUGGCAGCCACGCCCGAGGAUAUAGAGCAGAUCCAAAAGUUUAAACAGAUGGAAAUCAAGUCAGAGUCGGAUAAGAUACGGGUUGCUGGUAUACGUCAGGCGAAGAAGGAUCAAGAGCGGAUGUUGCAGGAGGCUAGAGGUGAGGUGGAGAAGCUUCGAGAGUUAUAG